UCUUCCAUCGCCUCGCGAGGGGGUAGUGCAACAAGUAACACCUUGUCAAAGAGAUAACUUUAAGAUAACUGACGUGUCUAUAUGCAUGUAUUCUAUUGGGACAGUUGGAAUAACAGGUGACGAACAAUGAUAACCUGUUAGAAAAAAACCCGCUCUUAUCCUAAAGAUGGCAAAUUUGACGGAAGAUGUGUUAGCAAAAAAUAUACCAUUCAAGUUGUCGGUUCUAACAGUUUGUCGAUGGAUUGCAUUUUGUUAAUUAUCGAUAAAUUUGUUCGAUCUUCUAAUUAAAAAAAAAACAUUUCUUGAUUAUCUGUUUAUGUAGUAUCGGAAAAAUACGAAGCUUGUCUCAUUUUAUUCUCUUAAUCAUUCAUUUUGAUCUUCAACCUGUCCUAUAGCAAGGAAAGUCAAGCAGCUAUUGGCUGACCCAAUUUAGUACCCGCCAUUUAUCUGAAAAUUCAUUUUACGAAAGACAAAAGGUGCAAUCUUUGAACAAAGCCAGCCACCAUGCUGUAGCAAUGAAAUCACCUGUAGCACGCUUCAAUGCUCUUUACUAAUUCUCCUUCAGUGGAUUGAUCGGAGAGCACCCGAUGUUUCUCCGAUAUUUACCGACACUAAAUUAUUAAGUAAGUUAGCUUAUGAAUUAAAAAUGUUAUUCUUUGCUAGCUGAGUUCUAGUUGAAUGGAGGAUAGUCUUUGUACUGAAAAUGACUUUCAAAAUCUUUCAUUGUAUGUGAUUUACCGUCGAAUAGAAAGAGAACUAGGUUUCCCUAGUGCGUAACAAACUGAGCACAGUCGCUCAUGCAUGUCUACAAGGUAUCACGGUUUGCAGGCUAUGGCAACGAAUAAGUCAUGACAAAAGGCAAAGAAGCAGGUAGGAUACAGGUCUAUGCUCGGGUGCGUCCCUUCACUGACAAAGAAAAGGAUAAGAAAGAAACCAAUGCUAUAGCUUUACACCAUGAUCACUCUUUGAUUCGAGUACUAGAUCCGCGAAGAGAAACUAAUUACUUCUUUGAUGGUGUUUUUGGUCCAGAAGCGUCCAAUUAUGAGGUGUACCUUAAAGUGGGACGACCUCUUGUGUAUGCAGCUCUUAAUGGUUACAAAGGAACACUGCUAACCUAUGGGCAAACAGGCACAGGCAAGACCUAUACCUUGCUAUCAGAGGAUGGAGUAACUACAAAUGUCGUGAGUCACUGUUUCGAAAGAAUACAGGAUGAUGCGAUACACAGUUACAAGAUCACGUGCUCCUUUCUUCAAGUUUACCAGGAGAAAGUUUACGACCUUCUUAACCCAAGGUUUACAGUUGAGCUCCCAGUGCGGGAACAUCCCAAGAAAGGAGUUUACGUAGCCAAUCUAACACAAAACGAAGUAAAAUCAGCCGACGACGUACUGGCUUUACUUGAAUAUGGAAAAAGACAACUGGUAAUGGCUGAGACCAAGAUGGUUCGUCAUUCCAGCAGGUCCCAUUCCAUCAUGCAACUUAUCAUUGAGAGAAGGCUCAAAGCGCACAUUGCAAUGGAGCAAGCUUCUCGUGAAGAUUUAGCGCCAACAUCUCCCGAAAAUGUACACGACUCAAUUAUGGCGGUGGACGAGACAAUAAAUAACCUUUUGAAGGAACUGAAACAAGAAAGAAAAUCGCACCACAGGAGAGAAAGGGAGUGCCUAAAGGAGCUCAUGGAAAAAGAGCUGGAUGACAGCCAUUCUUUUAAAGGGGAUGUGAUCGUAAAAGGGAAAAUUAACCUUUGUGAUCUCGCGGGAAGUGAGCGUCUUACGAAGACCAAGGCCGAAGGAGUACGGUUGACAGAGGCUAAAUAUCUCAACACUUCAUUAUUAGAGCUAGGGAAUGUGAUUCAUGCUUUGGCUAGAGGAAAACAACGACACGUUCCCUACAGAAACUCAACACUUACACGUCUAUUGCAAGACUGCCUUGGGGAUAAUGGAAAAACUAACUUUAUCGUAUGCAUUGCCCCGUCAUUGAGUGAGGUCAACGAAACCAAAUGCAGUUUAAACUUUGGACUUCGAGCAAUGAGAAUAAUCAAUGUCGCCCGGCUGAAUGUAGAGAUGGAUUACAAAGUCUUAGCAGAAAGACUUGCAAAAAAACUUGAAGAUCAAGACCAUAGACAUAAACUUGAAAAACUUGAAUACUUACGAGAAAUCCAGCGACUUAACACAGCUGUCACAUCAUACGAAGAAAGCGAACAUGUAGUCAACAGUGACACUGAUACUCUAGUGUCUGUGAUCCAAAAUCUUUCAAAGAGCGUACAGCGUGAAAAAGAAGCAAAACAUAGUUUGCAGUCGGAGUUAACGUGUUUAAAGCAAAAGGUAUCCAACUCUCCCACAGUCACUGCUCCAGAUAUAGAGGCCCUAUUCCUUGCCGAGUUGAUGUCCAUGCAACUCCUUAAUCAUGUAUAUCAAAGCGAGGCAGUAUUUAAGGCAGUAUCUCAAAGCGACCUCCCAUCUAAGGUCAGGGAUUAUAUGACAUCCACCUGUUCCCAAGAGAAUAUACUCCUUAAUACGGGAUACAUGCUGCAACUCCUGGAGUCAUGCCUUGGAUUUGAAGAACAGGAAGAUUAUGCUUCCAAACUAAACUCAAAAGACUAUAGACCAAAGAUUACAAAAGCCGAGCAACCAGGAGAUGUCCCUGAUAAAGGUGACCAAUCCCCAACCAAAAGACAAAGCAGAUACGUUCAAAACAUGACGGGUGGUCUUAAGAAAAUGUUCGGUUUACUGGUUGGCAAUAAAGACAUCGCAAAGACAGAUAAUUGUAAUACAAAAUCUGAACAUGGUGAAGUGUCAGGAGCAGGAGAUAAGUCACAAGAAAUGACUGCGAGCGAAACCAAUCCAUGUUGUCUCGUGGAUACAAAGCAAACUAUGUCCAAAUUAGUGCAUACGAAAGAAAGAGUGGAGAAACAUGUUGCAAAUCUUCUAUUGACAGCAUUCGGAGAACAGUUAAUUUGUAGUCAAGGUAAUUCACCGCAGUGGGGUGUCCUUGGCAGGAAACUCAGCGAACUUAUCAUGUUCAAACGGAACAACAUAAUCGGUAUUAAAGACACCGAAAUGUGGUCAAACUACGAGAACAUUGCAAAUAUUCUAGAAAGCUGUUUCAAAUACGUACUGAUUGACAAAGCCCUACUAGCGUCGAUGGUAGUCAUUGAGCACAUGGAUGGUCGAGCCUUGGCGCAUAAACAUCUCAAUCGCCUACCUUCACCAGGACGAACCCUUCAAGAAGACAGAAUCGAUGUCCAAAAAAACCUUGCAAAAGAAAUAAGUAGCGGGCAUACGAACGUAAAACAGGGUGCAAAAGCUCAAGGAAUCUACGAUGCGCAGGACACCAAAGAAAACCCAGGAAAAGGUAUGGACGAGAAAGCAUCUCCAAGUAAACAAAAGAUUGGCACAACGAGCUCUGAGGCAACCAUCGAGCAGGAGAUAAACGAAGUAUUUGAUGAUACAUCAAGGUUAGAAACUGAACUUUUCGCAACCAUGGAAGAAAAAGCAAGACUUGAAGAUGAACUUAUUGUCAUGAAAGACUACGUCAAUAAGCUUAGGUCCAACAUGUUUCACCUCAAGAUUGAACGAGCUAAUCUUGAAAGCGAUUUAAAAAGAACCGCAAAGAGCUUUGAUACUUUGUCAGACCCCGCUAGCAUUAUCCCACAAAAAGAGCACUUUAACAACGCUCAAAGUAUCGUGGAGGAUUACAGAGGUUUAAAAAUAGGGGAACUUUCCGAUGUGACGGAAGCUUCAUACGAAAGUACUAGCGGAGGAGAAAGUGAAAAUGGCUCGCACGUUUCCGAACGUACUGAACAAGGUUCUCAAGUUUUAAAGAACUGCCUAGCAAGUAUGACAGAAAUGUAUUCAUUGAUGCCCAAUCCAGAUGAUGACACAUUAACUGAAGGAGACGAUUCCGAUGGUAAAGGAAAUGCAAGCUUAUCUGAAAACGACAUAGAUGAUAGUGAUGAGGAAGACAUAAUUAUCACAAAAAUAGCACGUGAAAUGCAAGACUUCCAUGCUCCUUCUUUAAGUAAAGACAAAACUAAGGACACUGUCGGUUUAUCCGAUGAAGAAAGAGAGCAAGAGGGCUCGAAACUGGAUAGCAGUAGCACUAAAACUAUAAAAAAACAAGCCAUUUUGUUAAAGAAUCCACUGGAAAUUCAAAAGUCAAAUAAGUCAUCGAAAAUUUUGCAAAUUGCAUAUGAAGAUCUUGAAGAUGAGCUUUAUCAUGUAAGAGGUCAACUAAGCAAAGCUCAACAAAUCAUUCUGAAUCUGGAAUCUCAGCUCAUUGAAGAAAAAGGCAACUGGGAACAGAUAAGAAAACUGUAUCUAGAGAAUAAAGACAAGAAUGAUGUACUAGAAGGGAAAGUGGCUAUUCUAAGGGAAGAGCUUGAGAAAUCUUUAAGAGAAAACACAUUUUUAAAAGAUUAUCAUAAAGUGGAAGUCGUAGAAGAAGGUCAAAACAAAGCCUUUAGCAAUUCAACGAAAUCACCCCUCAAGUCUCCUUCAAGAAGAAAAGUUUUUGAUCUGAGAAGUAUUCCUUCCAUCCAAAACAGCAAUCGGGAAAUGCAAAUCAUCAAAUUGUUGGAGGAAAACACGGAACUGAAGACAAGAAACGAAAAAUUGUCUGAAGAAAAAAUGUUGGCAGAGCACCAUUCAAGAGAAAAAGAAUCCAAAGUAAAAGACAUGGAAGAAAGAAUACGUCAUAUUGAAGAAGGAAAAAGAUCCUUACAAGAGCAAAUUGAGACCCUUCAAAGGAGAAAAGCAAAACUAGGCAAUGAAUUAUUAGAACGAAGGGAAGAAUCUUUCAUCAGCUCUACGGAACUGGAUCUUUACAGCAAAGAAUCUGAAAGACUUGAAAAGGAGCUUGCAAUGGAACGUAACAUGGUAGCAAAACUGCGACAGGACAACAGCAGGCUUGCGCAAGAUUUAGAGAGAAUAGAGUCAGAACUGUGUAGCUGGAAAAUAAAAGAGAAAAGUGCUGGUCGAAAAGAAGACCAGGAAAGUGUAUCGGUAAACGAGGGAUUACAGAUGGUCUUCAUAGAUGAUUGUUGUAGCGAGGAAGAAAAAGAAGAAAUAAACAAACUGAUUGAUUCACAUAAAGAUAAUAAAGAUGGUAAAACGGUUAUUACUCUACAAAAGGAAAUAAACUCUAUGGCAGAAUAUCACGAAGCGCUAGAAAAAGAAUACAACGAAAUUAUAAACGAAGCAGAAAAGUUGAGAUGUGACUGCCAAGCAAAAACAGAACAUAUAAAAUCUCUCGAACAUGACAAUGAACAUCUACGAAGACAAAUGAUGAACACUUCUAAGAUCACUGCUGAACCGCCAAAAACCAUCCUAAGUCGCCUUCAUCUCAGAACAUCUCCGAUCAAAACCAAAAAAGAAGACUUUGAUGUUCACGAGAGAUAUGAAGAAAGUGCCCGCGAACGAAACUACAAAAACACCGAGGAUCUAAUGAACACCGUUAAACAAGAAAACAGUGAACUGCGCCAAAAGAUUAGGAAUAGUGAACAGAAGAUUGCUAUUUACGAAGCAGACUUGGAAAAAGCAAUGUUGAAAAUAAAACAGCUACAGGAAUAUCGUAUCAGUCGAUGUCUAGAGGUGAGAGACACAGAUCCGAACUGUAAAUUGAAAGAAAGUAAUGAUCUAGAGAAUUAUUCAAGUAUCUCUGCUGAAAUGAUGCUGUCAAAGGCUAAUAAAGAAAUAGAAAGGCUACAAGAACAACUUUUAGACAAGGAUGCUGAAAAUGGGCUUCUUCAUGAUGAACUUCAUUUAAUCCGUUUGAGGAAGGACGAGCUAGAUAAGGCUUUAGAUGAAGCACGAGAGGCAAGAACAGAGCUACAAGAAAAGAUGGAAGAAAUGGGCAAGUGUACGCAUUUUGAGGAUACUGUAAAAGAGUUAACAGAGAAAAACCAACAACUGGAGAAAAAACUACGACAAAGCGAGGAAACGACGCUAUCUGCAGUUAAGAAACAAGAAAAACAAAACGAAGCUUUAAGAAAACUAGAGGAAGAAUUGGUUUGUGUUUCAGGAGAAAAACUUAAGUCUGAGUUUGAGAUGAGAAAUGUUGUAAUUGACAUGGAAAAGACACGAAAUGGCCUGGAACAAAGCAAGCAGGAACUAAAAUUGCUACAAAUUGAGCUCAAUGAAAAAAUUGAGCGAUCAGCCAAUCUUGAGAUUCAGCUUUUGGAGCUCAAAUGUUCUAAUGAGUGUAUGAAAAGUGAAAUCGACCAGUUGAAUGAAAAGACAAGGCUUGAGAACCAUCAAAACCAAGAACAACACAUUUGUAAAGAAACGAUGGAAAAAAGAUUGCAGGAAACUUUUGUGGCGAACAAUCAGCUACAAAGCGAGCUUCAUAAGAUUUUUGAAGAAAACAAAUAUUUAAAUGAAAAACUCUGUAAGGCCCAAGAAUGGAAAGAGAAUGCUGAAGAACAACUGAAUCAGGUAACUUCCGAAAAGAAACAAUUGGAAGGAAAAGUGAAGAAACUAGAUGACACUAAACGUAAAAUGGAAGAAGAAUUGAAACGCCUACGAGAAAAUACAAACAUUUUACAAGGUGAUUUAGGCAAGAUUGAAAAACAGCAAGAAGAAACAAACAAGAAGUGUUCUAUUCUAGAAAAGGAGAUCAAACGCAAGACAAAAGAAUUGGAAGGCAAGACGCGGGAUAUUCGCCGGUUAAGGAAAGAACUCAGUAGCAUUAAAGAAGAAAGGAACUUGGUCCAAAGCGAAUCGACUGCCAGUCACUGCGAGCCUUCAAAUGAAGUCAAGAAAAUUAAAGCAAAAGCAGUAGAAGAAGAAGAAGAAGAAGAAGAAGAAAAAGAGGAACUUGUAAAUAAACAGUUUGGAGCUGCUUAUAGAAAAAUAGACUGUAGCAACCAGCAGGUUGGAAGUGAAAAUCAAAUGAGCAAUACCAAAAACGUAGCAUUUUUGACAAAAGAUAAGGACAGUGUUACAAAUACAGCAGAAUAUAACGAAAUUGGUUGGGAUUUUGAAAAUGACACAGUGGUACAAGACACGAUAAAGAGUCAAGAUAGGAGUUUAACGAUGACCCCAGAAAAUGAAAAGCAUAUUGAAAAUCAACCACAGACUAAACAAGAUUUGAGUGAUGAAGUUGGAUGGGAUUUGAAUGAUUCUUACUGGCAGGAAAACAGUUUCCAGGGUAGCUCUGAGAAUUCAAACACUGAUAUUUGCACGCAAAAAAACGAAAAUCGUGAUGAAGCCACACAGCCUUCGAGUAUGACGUUAUCUGAAAAUAAAAAUAAAUCCGACAUUUAUCAAAUGCAGCAACAGGAUGAAGAGAUGGCAGCCAUCAGUGCAAAGGCAUCAGUCACACAAAUUAGUAAAGAAAAGCUUUUACUAGAGAGUGAAACAGCACGUCUUCUUGAAAGUAAAACUUCUCACCUCACCAAAACCCAAAUGAGCUUAGAGCAAUCAUUAUCUAAGGCACUUGGAGAAAAUAAGCGAUUGCUUGAUAAGCUCAAUGAUUCUCGCGUCAUUCUGGAAAGAAUAAAAUCUCGAGUUUCAAAGCUAGAGGAACAGAACGAUUGUAGCUUAAGUUUGAAUCGCAGUGAAGCAGAAACUCAGACGACCAAGAUGGCUGAAUUCCUAACAAAAGAAACUCAAAUCGGAGAAUUAACUAUAAUCGAAAAUGAUAACGAAGUAGUAGUUCCAGUAAUGGAAGACAAGGAAAAUGAAAUAUCUGAGGUCAACACUUCAAGUUCAAAAGCCAUAUUGUAUUUGACUCGUGAAAAGAAACAAGUUGCAAAAGAACUUGAAAUAACGAAACGAAGUCAUGAAGAAGCAAAGAAAGAACUGCAGGAGAAGGAGAAAUACAGUCUCGAGUUGAAACAAGAGUUAAAGACACUGCGACUUUCGCAAGAAGAGGAAAAGCAGAGUUUAUUGAAAGAAUUAGAAAUGACGAGAGGAGAUUAUAAUACGAUAAAAAGAAAACUCAAAGAACAAGAGGAGUAUAAGGCGUCCAGUGAGGAGCUAAAAGAAAAACAAAUACAGGCGGAGAGACUAAUCAUUGAGCUAGAGAAGGAUUUAGUGCGACAGACAGAAGAAAAAGCAAUACUCAAAGGUAAACUGUCUGACUGCCAAAACAAGCUGAAAGAACUAGAGAUACUUGAACAGGAGUUGCGAUCACUCAGAAACGAAAACAAACAGAUGAGCACCGUGCAAGAGGCAAUGGGACAGCAGAUUGAGCAUUUCAGGAAAGAAAACCAGGAACUUUUGGAGCGAGUUCAAAAACGGAAACAAUCCUGGAACAUGAGCAGACAACGGAGAAAAGUAGCCGGGAGGAAAAAGGAAGCAGGUUUUUCUGUAGGAAUAGGAAGAAAAACGAAAUGUAUGACUUUGAAAGAAAAACAUACAAAAAGUAUGCAAAACAGAAAAAACACCGCUUCGUCUGAAUCCAGAAGCUCAGAAGAAAGUGAUGAUUAUCAGGACGAAAAUGAUCACAACGCUCAUGAAAAUACUAUGAAACAACUCGAAGAUAGCAGAACCGAUAACAUGCAAAACAAGGAUGAUAAAAACGAGAUUUUAGAUGAAAAUGAAACAAGAAGAUCAACAAGGAAAGAGUUAGACACGAAGUCUCAUGACAAUGAACGUGAUAAUGAAAUGCAUAAUCCACCAGAAGCACUUGUCGCAACUACUUCAGAUGACAUACCCACCACAAAUGAUACUGAGCAAACAUCAGCAGAUGACACAAUUAUAGUCAGCGGGCAAGAUCUUAAAAGCGACGAAGAAGCAGAAGAAGAAGCUAACAUUGAAUUAAAACUAUCAAAGAUUCUGAAAGAGCGACAAAUGAUGGAAGAAGAAAUGCAAACACUUUUACAAGAAAUGAACAACCUCAAGGCAAGAUUCGCUACGAGACAGUUGGAAAACAACUCGCAUGAAAAGGAUGACCAUGACGAGCUUAGAACACAACUAGAACAUUUACAAAGCGAAAAAAACGAAAUACAGGAGCAAGUGGUGACACUAAAAACAAUUAACACAAAGCUCGAGGUUGAGCUUUCGGACGCCUUGGAUGUAAAACUAGCCAUGGAGGCAGAAAUAACGAGAAUGAGAACAGCCCGCCAAAAAGACCAUGAAAAAGCUGAAAACCUGAAUGAGAAUAACAAGAAACUCGAAAGUAUGCUUGCUAUUGUAAUGGAGGAAAAUUCCACUUUAUAUCAAGAUGUGUCGGCACUACGUGAAAAAAAUCAGGUACUUAAAAGCUACAACAUAAGAGAAAUAGUAGAUGGCAGUACUCAAGUAUCACCAAGAACGACCGAAGACGAAGCUGACAGUAACAGCACAUCUCCUACACAGAAAAAAUCCCCAGAGAGCGCAAAAUAUGAGAAUAAAACAAACACUUCUUAUUCCAAAGCUCUUCUUGAAUUGCCGAUCAAAUCAGUGGGUUAUUUGAUGAAGUAUCGAUGUCAAAACACUACGGAAGGUGCAGUUAAACCGUUAUCAGCUUCGAGCCCUGACACUUUCGGAAAAGUAGACAGUGGUGUAGAAAACACAACUGACGACAAUUGUAUUACAUCGUGCGAAUCUAAACACAUACUUUCUGAGGAAAUAAACCAAGAACAGAGAAAUUUCAAGGAUCAAGAUCGCGKGGCAAAAAAUCCUGAAAGCGCUGGUGACAAGACGAUGUGCAGUCAGUGUCGUACACAUGAUUGUCAGUGUAGAAGUAGCACCAAGGGAGUGCAACGUUUUGACGUAAUUCAAAAGGCACGAAAUACUGGUUCCAAUGAAAACCCUACUUUUGAGUCACUGUGUAAUGAUCAUGAUUUGACAAGCGGUGACGUGUUAACUGAUAGCUCUUUUGCCUCGGUCACUGAUUUUGAAGACAUAAGUUUUUCUUCUGAUUGGGUUUCGGCUGAGGACUUACGCCCUGGGCAUUCUACAUCCAAAGGACAUCGAGGAAUAAACAAAAUGCACAGAGAAAUGGCUGAAAUCAAAUGUACAAAUACAAUUCUUGAGAAUGAACUGACUAUCAUGAAAAAUAGAAAUUCUGAUUUUCAAGCACAGUUGCAAAAACUCGCCGGGAAGAAUAACUCUCUAAAGCAAAAGAUAUGCGACCGCUCGCUGGCUAUCAAGAAAGCCGAAAGAGAAAUGACUGCGUUAACCGAAGAGAAAAUGAGAUUAGAAGUACAAGUAUCUGCAUCAAAGGAAGAAAUAAAUAGACUUGAGCGCGACAGAGGUAAACUCGAAAGAAGUCUUUCCAACUCAAAGGCUGAGAACAAGCGUUUAAAGAACGAUUUAGCGAUGGCUAGGGCUGAAAGCUAUAAAACAAAGAAAACUUUAGUAAACUUGGAAGCCGAUUACAAAAAAUUACAAACAGAAUUUGAGGAUACGCGGGAUCAAUUAACAAGUAUCACGCAACUUCCGGUACACAAGAACACAACUGGCUUAUCAACGGAUAAGCAGCAUUUACGUGAUUCUUCCAUGUCGUACCUGGAAUGUGUGAUGGCGCCUCAUGAUACUGGAGAAUGUAUUGCAAAUGCUGGGGUUUCUCUUCCACAUCUAACGACUUCGAAAAGUGCAAGUGUAAGGAGAGUGUCAAGCGAUCAAACAUUCAAUCCAUCUUCGGAGCCGAAAAAAUCGCUUGAAAACUUUCAUCUACAGGAAAGAAAGUUUCAACGUCAAUGUAAAUCUCAAAUGUUCCCUACAGCUAAAGAGCCCACAUCUUUGACACAGUCUGACGAUUCCGAGUCCUCCCGUUCCGAAACAAAUCUAAGACUGGAGAAUCAAAUGUCUUACAGCAGCAAUCUUAGUUUUUCAGACGACAGGGACCGAGACAGCAGCUCCCAUAGCGAUGAAGUAGUAAGCUGUGAACAUGAUGACAAGAAGGUGCCCCAAAGUGGCAUUAAAAAAAUGUUCAAGAGAUUUUCAAAGUCUAAGAAGACUAACAAAUCAUUUUCCAGUUGAUCAUCCAAAUGAGGACGUUUUUCAAUAUCAAUUGCUGGUUUUCAAUCAUUUCCAAAAGAAUGUAAUUACAAAAGACAAGGAGGCCAUGUUGGUUGAUAUAACAAAAGAGACUAAUGACGAAUCUUUUGUUAAAUUCCUCCAACAUGGCCGCCGUGAAAACCAUCAGUAAGCACAAGAAAACAAAAGAUAGAAAAAUGUAAUUCUAAAACUGCUCGUUUUACAACAAUCUAUUUAUUCUCACGAACAUGUACUCGGAUACCAUUAGCAAUAUAAGUUGUAAAUAAUAUGAUAAUAAUAUAUGAUAACAAAGAGAAGCUUAUUAAUAAAGCGACGAGGCCGACUGAUGACCACACUA